GACGGCGCAGGCCCGCUUCCGCCGCGCGGGGGCUGACGGGAAGGAGGAGGGCGCCUCGCCAAGAUGGCGGCCGCGCUGCGCAUCCAGAGCGACUGGAGCCGGGCCCUGAGGAGGGACGAGGGCGAGGCCUGGCUGAGCUGCAGGAGCCCGGGGAAGCCGACGCUGUACGGCAGCCUGACCCGCCGCGGGCUCAGCACCGAGGGCGUCCCCGACAUCGCCGCCUCCGAGGGCUUCGUGGUCGGCGAAGUCACCAAGAAAAGCAUUCUCGUCUCUUGCCCUCACGAAAACGCGUCCACGAAGUUCCUGGCGCCCUUCGCGACCUUUCCCGGGAUUCACCAGAAAAGCGUUACCUGCCUUGAUAUUUCCAGCGGUGGAGGGCUCGGCGUGUCUGCCAGCACGGAUGGGACCAUGAAAAUCUGGCAGGCUGCAAACGGGGAAAUGAGAGUUUUUCCCUUCGGGCCUUGUGGUUCUCAGCGGGGGAAUGGACGCCCAGCUAAAGGUCUGGUCGGCGGAAGACGCCAGCUGCGUCGUAACCUUCAAAGGCCACAAAGGAGGGAGGGGAUGGCUCUGGAGGUAGAAACUUGGCAGCCGCUGCGGUAUCAGCUCAGUCUUGAGGCGUCGCUGAGCAUCUCGCUGCUGACAACUUCCCCUUGUGCAGGGCAGUGGCUCCUGCUCCGUGUAAUCUGCUGGGAGCUGCUGCCUUCCACGUACCUCUUUGCGGGGGCCGUGGCUCCGUGCCCCGUGUUUCACCCCCCCCGCAGUUUGCCUGCGUGCAGCCUCCGUGCCCUGCUGUGCCGCUGCUGGCACCCUGGGAGCGGUGCCUCGGGGCUCGCAGCCGAGUGCGUGCGGCUGCCUUGGGAAAUGAGCUGUUCUUGGCCUCUGUCUGCCUUCUGUGCCGUCUCUGAACGUGGUCUCUCCUUUGGUGCAGGUAUUUUGGAUACUGCCGUUGUGGAUCGGGGAAGAAACGUCCUUUCCUGCUCUAGAGACGGCACUGCCCGGCUCUGGGACUGUGGGAAAUCCGCCUGCCUGGCCGUCGUGGCUGACUGCGGCUCCCCCGUCAACGGCAUCGCCGUGGGCGCUGCUGACAACUCGGUGAACCUGGGCGCUCCCGAAAAAACUCCCAGUGAACGUGAGAUCGGGACGGAAGGGAAGAUCCUGCUGCUGGCUCGAGAAGACAAGAAGCUUCAAGGGGUGGGACUGCAGAGCAGGCAGCCGGUGUUCCUCUUUGUUGGAUCCGACGCGUUCAACUGCUGCACGUUCCUCUCGAGUACUUAUUUCCUAGCAGGGACUCAGGACGGGAACAUCUAUCAGCUGGACGUGAGAAACACAAAUGCUCCAAUCCAGGUCAUUCAGAGAUCAGGAGCACCGGUGCUUUCUCUGCUUCCCUACCGGGAUGGAUUUGUUGCCAGCCAAGGUGACGGAACCUGCUUUAUCAUCCAGCAAGACCUUGAUUAUGUCAUCGACCUCACCGAAGCUGACUGUGACCCUGUGUACAAGGUGGCUUCUUGGGAGAAGCAGAUUUAUACAUGCUGCAGAGACGGGAUAGUGAGGAGAUACCAGCUUUCUGACCUCUAGGUGUUGUGAUCACUGAAUAGCAGAGAGAAGUGCUGAAAUAGCUGUUCCAUGCUUAUUUUCCUGUACAGUGCGUGUGAGAUGUGUAAAUAGAAGGCUCUGAGUGAUGACCAGGCUGUAAAUAGAGAGUUUUUUGGUGGGAGGGGGAUACCUGUUAGAACACAACCCUGUUUUUUCAUUGGUAAGUGGUCUGAGGUGUUAGGUUCUUGGCAUUGCAGCAAUUUUUUCAUUUUUUUUAAAACUAUCGUGUAGGUAACUGCUGUUUCUGAGGGGGGAUUAAACUGGGAUUGGGCGCGAUGGCCGUGGCUGUGUUGUGGUAUGGACUGAAAUAAAGCAACUGGUUUGGUAACGUGUAUGGGGAACAAUGUUUUCAUGAGAACUUUAAAAAUAAAA